UAUAAGCCCACCAAUCGAUCAUUUAAUGGUUUGAUUGUGAGUGACUCGAGUCAGUGAAACUUAGGGCAACUAACCGAUGUAGAAUACUUCACAAUCGGCUAGCACCACACAAAGAGAUCAAAAUGAAGUUCGAUGAUAUUUUAAGGACGGUUGGUGAGUUUGGGCCUUACCAACGGCGCCUUUACGUCAUUUUGGUCUUGUUAAAGUUCACCGUUUCCUGGGCGACUAUGGUGGCCGUUUUCCUCAAUGCAUCUGUCGACCAUUGGUGUGCGACCCCAGAAUGGGACUCAGGAUGUGAGCAGUAUGGACUAUCAGAAGAAGAUUGUGAACUAGCCAAAAAGACCGGUAGUAUCCCAUCGAACUAUACAUCAGAUGGAAAGCUGGAAUACGCACAGUGCGAGAAAUAUGAUGUGUCAGGAGUGGGAUUCUGGUCCGGGAUUGAUCCAUCCAAUUACAGCAGCCAAACGAUGUCAUGUGACAGUGGAUGGGUCUACGAUGACAGCCAAUACGAAUCAAGCACUGUGUCUGAUUUUGAUCUCGUAUGUGGCAGUGAAGACCUUACCCAGGUUUCUCAGUCUAUAUACUACGGAGGAUAUCUGGCUGGUUCUAUUCUCUUCGGUAUUCUGUCAGAUAUCAUUGGACGAUGGUGGUCUCUACUCCUCUCCAACAUUAUCGCGGUUGCUUCUGGAAUUGCUAUCGCCUUCUCCCCGAACUGGUGGUUCUUCGCUACAAUGCGAUUCUUUAUGGGCUUUGGUAACAUUGCAUUCAAUAUCAUCUUGUACAUCAUAGGAACGGAGUAUAUAGGACCAUCAAAAAGGAAUCUAGUGAUGUUGGCAACCAUCUCUUAUGCUCUGGGAUACAUGUUCCUAGCACUACCAGCUUACUUCAUACGUUCAUGGCGUACAUUACAACUGGUGAUCACUGCACCACUUAUCCCCGUAUUUCUUGCUUUCAUAUGGCUGCCUGAAUCUGCAAGGUGGUUGAUCUCUUCCGGGAAAUACGACGACGCCGAAAAGAUCAUCAACAAAGUGGCCGAAGUCAACAAGGCCGAGCUUCCGAAACCACUCUUUACAAAGGAAUUCAUCGAAGAACAGGAUGAGAUUCGCAAGGCUCGUCGUCCAACCUUCAUUGAUUUGGUCCGCACACCAAGAAUGAGACUGAGGACGAUAAAUAUGGCCUAUAUAUGGAUGGUGAACUCCCUUGUCUACCAUGGCCUGUCUCUCAAUAGUUCAAACCUGGGAACCAAUGAUUACGUCGCCUUUGCCAUUUCCGGUGCCAUCGAGAUCCCAGCAUAUCUUAUGGACGUCGUCAUCGUCCAGGUCUUCGGUCGGAAGCUCAGUCUUUCCUUUUGCAUGAUGCUGGGCGGUCUUGCUUGUCUUUCAACUGCCUUCAUACCCCCUGGUGCUGUCCUUACCACCGUUGCUAUGAUAGGCAAGUUUGGAAUCUCGGGUUCAUUUACCAUCAUAUACCUCUACACAGUGGAGCUUUACCCUACAAAUGUUAGGGGUGUGGCUAUCGGUAGCUGUUCCAUGUUUUCUCGGAUCGCUGGUAUAGUGGCGCCUCUCAUCCUCGUACUCGACAAGUACUGGGCCCCCCUUCCCUUGGUUAUCUACGGGUCUGUGUCUGUCGUGGCGUCCCUGACCGCACUUGCCUUGCCCGAGACACGGGGCAAGAAGCUUCCCGAGACGCUCGAGGAAGGCGAACGAUUCGGAUUGAAUAAUGACAUGGAUGAGAACUCCAGUGACAGGAAUUCCGAGUAUGACUUAUGUGAAGCCAAAAAGGCAAAUGGUGUAUCCAAAGAGAAUGGAAACACAUUGGACAUCUCAAAUGGAGUCACCCACGAUAACCCAGUAUUCGAAAUGGAGGACGAGAGUGGAGAGAAAGCCAUGUGAUUCACCAAGUCUCAUCAGGAGCAUAACCAAUAGACUUAAUGCUUUAAAGGCUACCGCACACCUUACGACUGUUCGCGAUCCGAUUUUGGAACACAUCGCAUUUUGCUCAUUUUCUGAAAAUGUGAAUGGAACAUAUCAUUUUAUUUGAGGUUAAUAUUAAUUGAAAGAAUACUAGCAUAACCGUUUUGAAAGAUUGAAAGCCUUUGUUUUGGAAUAAAAGUCCAAUUAGUUUCAAAUCGUAGCCAAUCGUACGACUGCUAUGACGUCGUUAUGAGAUGUUAGAUGUGCUUUUAUUCUAAGGAUUUUUGAAUAUAGGUUUUCGUACGAUGAUUUAACAUUUCACAGUAAGAUAGUUCAAGUCGCAAUGUUAGCAUCAAAUUCUACUAGGUUUUAUUCCAAAAUCGAGUCGCAGACCAAUCGUAAGGUGUGCGGUCGCCUUUAUCCAAGUAUCGCCUGCAGGGAAUUAUUGCAUUAGGCUAUGCCCCAUUGCACAUUUUCUGUUCUAAAGGCCUGGUCACACCGCCCGAGCGUUGUUGGAGCGUUCGUGGAGCGAAAGGGAAAGAGGGUCGA